AUGGUGCAGCAAGAGAGACUUUGUUCCGAUGAUCAUCAAGCAGAGAUCCUCCGAAAAAACAAGAACCAAAAAUUGAUGUCCCUCGUUUGCUUGAUUCUUGAGGAUUUUUCAAGUUCUAUGUUUGAUGAAGAUCAACUUGAAAGUCGGAGAUUGGAAUUAUUAUUGAAAAAGAAAUUCUCAUUGCAACAAUUAGGAAAGAAGAAAUGGCUUGAAAACAGAGAAUUGAAAUAUGAACGAUUCAUUCCAGUCGAGUUUAUGAAUGAUAAGGAAUUUGUGUUGAAUUACAUUAAAAAGUGUGGUUUUGGAUUGGAAUAUGCAAGUAGGACUUUACAGGAAGACAGAGAUUUUGUGUUGAGAGUAGUGCAACUCAAUGGACGAGAACUUGGAUGUGCAGGAGACAAUUGCAGAAAUGAUAAAGAAGUGGUAUUAGCAGCGAUAAAGGAAUAUGAAAAUGCGUGGUCAUUUGCCUCUGAUGUUCUAAAGAAUGAUAAAGAAUUUUUGUUGCAAGCAGUUCAGCAGAAUGGAAAAGCUUUGAGAGCUAUUAGUAAAGUGAACAGUGACAGAGACAUUGUGUUAGCUGCUGCAAAGCAGAAUGGUGAAGUAUUAAGAGAAUCAUUUUGGUGUUGUCCUAUUCUAGGAAAGUCUGAGCUUCAAGAUUUCAAUGAAAUUAUAUUUGAAGCUGUUAAACAAAAUAUUAAGGCACUUGAAUUUGUACCAAACCAUUUUCGUGAAAAUCGUAAUUUCAUGCUUGAAACUGUGAAAGAAACUUUUCCAGAAUUGGAGACCCUUGAUUCUUUUAAGGCCAACAAAGAAAUCAUGUUAAAACUGGUUCAAGAAUCUGGAUUGUUACUUGAAUUUGCUAGUGAUGACCUCAAGAAUGAUCGAGAUGUGGUGUUAAAUGCAGUUCGAAAUAAUGGCCAUGCCCUUGCGUUUGCUUCUGAUGACUUGAAGAAUGACAGAGAAAUUGUACUCGAAUCAAUACGACGAAAAGGGUCUGCACUGCAAUACGCGUCCUCUGAUUUGCAGGGAGACAAGAGUUUUAUUUUACGUGUUGUAUCCUGUAACUGUUGUUCUCUAGAUUUCGUGAGUAGUGUGUUUAAGGGUGACAAGGAGAUUGUGUUGGCAGCAGUUAAGAGAGUGGGAUCUGCUCUUGAAUACGCAGCCAGUUCGUUAAAAAAAGACCCCCAAGUUGUGUUGGAAGCAGUAAGAAACGAUGGUUCAGCUCUUGAAUAUGCUGACGAAACAUUGAGAAAUGAUCCAGACAUUGUUCUGGAAGCGAUCAAGAAAGAUAGGUUGGCUUUUAAAUAUGCUUCGAAAGAUCUUUUGAGUAACAAACAAUUCUUGUUGGAGGUGAUCAAGAGAGGUUGUAACACAAGACAAGUACCAAAUGAGUUGGCCAACGACAAGGAAUUUAUGUUAAAAGCGGUCGAGCUCAAUAGUUUUAGCGCUAUUGGGAUUGGAAAUUCGUUUUCCAGCCGAGAAAUCAUGUUAGAAGCAGUCAAGAAGGAUGGAAGUGUAUUAUUUUAUGCCAGCGACACGUUACAAAAAGAUUUAGAACUUGUGAUGGAAGCAUUCAAAUGCAAUGGUUAUGUAUUGAACUACAGUGACGAAUGGUAUCGAGAGCGAAUGAAACAAUGUUAUCAUGAUGCGUAUUUGGGAACAACGGACAAUAUGUGA